AUGGAUGAAAUAAUAAAAGAAACGAAUGAAAAAAAAAACUAUCAAAAAGAAUCAAAUUUAUUAAGAGAAAAUUGUUUAGAUGGUGAUAAUAAUGAUAAAGUUUGUAAUAAAAUACAUCAGUCAAUUAUUAAUGAUGAUAAUAAUGGUGAAUCAAAAAUAAUUAUUACUCAUUUUAAUGAACCAAAUUACUCAAAUUCCAUUGAAAAUGUAUCAACAAAGAAUGGUAUAUCAAGUUUUAUUAGAAGUGGUACACAUCGUCUCCGUGAUUCAAGAAGAUGUUAUGCAAUGCGUCAAAAAUUACUACAAAAUAAUUUAAGUAAUGAAAGUGUAAAAAAAUGUGAUUCUAAGGAACAGUCUAAUAUUCAAAAUAAUUUACAAACUAUAUCAUCACAUCAUUCAAAAGAUAAUUUUAUAAUAACAUCAUCUAAAUCUACUUUAAAAAGAUUAUCAAGUUCUGUUAGUUCACUUAUUGAAGGAAAAUAUAUCUUUACAACGACAUCAUCACCAAAGAAUAAAAAAAGUACAAAAGAAAAUAAGAAUGAUAACUUAUUCCUAGUUACAAAUUAUUCUGUUUCACCUUAUAAUCAUAGUAACAAUGUAAGAAAUUCUAUUAAAAAAAAUUUAAAUGAUGGAGAUUCAAUUCAAUUUGUCGAUACAAAAUUAUCUGCUCCAUUUGAAAAAAUUAUUAAUAAAUCUGAUGAAAGAAUAGAAGAGAAUAGUAGUUAUUCAUUCAAGGAUAAUACAUUAAUUUGUAAUAGAAUUGAGAGAGAGAACAAUCCAAAAGAGGGCAAAAAAAAUAUCUCUCAGUGCUUGGGAGGAGCAAUAAAGACAUCAUCUCUUGUUGAUAUACAAUCUAUUGAAAAAAACUCAAUUAUUCAAGGAGUAUCUUCAGAAACAAAAAUAACUGUUCCAAAUAUGUGGUUUAAAAAUUUUUUCUUUGGCCGUAAGAAGAAUAACAAGAAGUCAAUUGAAAAUGUAUCUACGGAAAAGAUAAAAGUUUUACCUGAUAAGGAUUCUAAAAAUGUUGAAUUUUUUACUAACGAUCAGGGAACCAACAAGUCAAAUCUCCUUGUUAAGUCACUAACCGGCCCCAUUAAUUCAACAUAUCCAGGAGAAGAUAAUUUUCAACAUCAAAAUAAUACUUUACCUUUAAAGGAGACAAAAUUUUUUACAUCAGAAUCGGCUUUCUGUGAUAACUUCACGGUCACAAAUGUGCCUUUGCAUAAAUUAUUCAUAGGAAGUUCUUCUGUAUGUUUCCAAGCGGAUCUUACUGCAUCUCAGGAGAGUGGAAACAACGAACAACAAAAUCAACAAAAAAAUAAACCGUCUUUAGAAACGGAAAAAGACUUAUCUUUUUUGAGUAUAAUGCCAACACUAUUAACAGCUUCAAAAGAAAGUGAUCUAGAAAAAAUUUUGAAAUGUGAUAUUAAAAGGAAGCCGUUUCAAAACUUUCUAGAACAACAAUUUUGUGUAGAAAAUUUAAAUUUUUAUUUAGCUGUUGAGGAAUAUCGUAAAAUACCGGAUGAAGAAUUAACGAAAAGGAAAGCUGUUGGCUUACAAAUUUUUGAACGCCAUUUUAUAACACAUAGUGCUGAACCAGUAAAUAUUGAUAAUUCAACAAAUAGAACAAUAAAAGAUGCCGUAUUAGCAGGAAAAUUUACUUCUGAUUUAUAUGAUGUUGCUCAAUAUCAAAUAUUUCAUCUUCUUAAAUAUGAUUGUUGGCCAAGGUAUUUAAGAGUUGCAUCAGCAGAGGAUAAAGAUGCACUUGGUUUAGAAGAUUCUUCCGAUAACUAUUCAAAGAAGUUUUCGGAAUCGGGGAAAGAUUCAACGGAAUUACAAAGACCAUUAAGGCAAACACAGGAAGUUGAUAAAUUUUGUACAUUACUUAGUAACGAUGGAUGUUCUAGUGAAAAAAUAUGCCUAAAAGAUCCUCGUGAAUCUGUAGCAAAAUGGAUAGCAAAUAUUGCUGUAAGUUAUGGAAUGGAUAAAUUUGCCACAGAAGUUGUUGAUGCACAAACAGGAAGUACAAUAGAUCCAGCAAGGCAAGCAGUUGAUGCAUUACAUAAUAGAUGUGUUAGAUUAGUUUCUGUAGUAUUUGUGACAGUUGAAUUUUUAUCACCAAAUGCCACUGUUAAAUCUAGUACACCACCACAACCAGCAAGAGUGGUUACCGUUAAAGCAAGGCAUAGCCUCACAAUUGGGAGUGCUAUUCGUCCACUUUUUGCUAAAUAUAUGAUAGAUCCAACACAAACGGCUAUUUGUUUUUGUGGUGGAGUUGAUCAAGUACCACCAAGAACACAACUUGGAUCAAUACCACCAAGAAAAUUAACUGUAAUGACAUACCAACAAUUACAAGAAAGACAACAAAUGCCAAAAAAAGAUUUGCAAAAAUUGGAUAUGAAUGUUUCACCUAAUAUGUCACAAAAAGAUCAAAAUCUUCCUUUCCAUCAACAUGGUGAUGUUGCAUUUUAUGUUCAACCAAUUGAUAAUGAUGGUAAAAGUCAUAAACAUAGUGCUAUCCGUUCUAAUAGUUCAAAUCCUCGUUCUGAAGGAUCAUCAGCAACAGAAAGUAUAAUGUCAAGAUUUCGUAGAAAGGCAAGCCAAGCUGUAGGAAAUAAAGAUUCUGAUCAAAAUAAUUGUCAAAAUAAUUCAUUAAAACCAAGUAACAAACUUUCAGACACAAAAUUGGCAGUAACACACACCAGAUCUGGUAUCGCAACAAAUAAUUCACAAAAUAAAGGAGCUGGUGGAAGAAAAAAUUCAACACCAAAAAAUGAUAAUUCAUCAAAAAAAACAGUUAUGUCUUCUAUGGAUGUACCAUAUUGUGGAGAAAAUCAAAAAGCUGAUGAAGCAUUUAUGAUACAAAAAAAUGAAUUAUUAAAAGAAGAGGAGGAAUUAAAAAAGAAAAAAGAAAAUAAAGAAGUUGAAGUUUCAGUAUUGUCGGGUUCUCAAGGAACAAACGGGAAUUUGGCGCAUGUUCCAGCCAUAUAUGCAUCAGCCGUUCGUAGUGAUAAGGAACCAGUAUCAACAUCUAAUUGUCCAGACACCAGUUCAAGUUUAGGUUGGCAGCCAGCUGAUUAUGUUUAA